GUUUUAUUUCCUGUGCAGUCCUCUUUUGACUUUAAUUUUUAUACAGCUUUGAUCAAUCCCCCAAAAAAGAACAAAAAUCACCAAUUAAAACCCACGAUUUGCAACCAUUAAGCACCUGAAGCCUUUCAUUGAUAGAGAAUUUCUCCGAUUUACCUUUUGUUUUAUUUUAUUUACAUGUGGUUACUGAGAAGCGAGAAUUAAACCCAAUGAAGACAUUUGGGAUCCCCUGGCCAGAGUUUAACCAAGGAUUAUUCUACACAGACACUGUCAAACAUGUUCCUUCGUUGCCUACUCUCAUCAAUUUCUAUUCGUCACGGUACAAGAGUUCGGCUCCUACAAAAGGUUGGCUGCAGCGUAUUCACAAUGGCCAGAUCACCACUGAUGGGAGUGUUGUUACUGACCCAGAUACUGUACUCAGGAUAGGGUCUAAAUUGGUUUAUCAUCGCCUUCCAUGGAGGGAGCCUUUGGCACCUUAUGAAGUGGGCAUUUUAUAUGAAGAUGAUCAAUUGCUCAUUGUUAAUAAGCCAUCAGGACUUCAAGUUUUACCCGGAGGACUGUUCCAACAAAGGACUUUAUUAAAUCAGCUCCAGUGGAGGACGGACAAGUCAGGUGAAUAUGGACCAGAGGUCAGUAGUACUGUUAAUACUUUGCAAGAAUCAUAUCCUGUUCCUGUUCACCGUCUAGGCAGAGGUACAUCAGGUAUAUUAUUAUGUGCAAAGACAAAUGUUGCUAAAUCAAAGCUUUCAGCAGAUUUUGCUGAUGGAACCUUUUCUAUAAGAAGUAAUAGAUGUUCAGGCACAGAUCCCUGUGAUGUAAAAAGGAGAAUAUCAAAAACAUACCGAGCUUUGGCCAAGGGGAUAAUCCAACAAGAAAAAAUUCUUAUUCAGCAACCAAUUGGGAAAAUGCAAUAUCCAGGAGUUGGAGGAGGGCUUUAUGCUGCUUCCCCAACAGGAAAACCAUCUGAAAGCAGAAUAUCUGUUUUAAGUCGAGAUGAAAAUAGGAACUGCACAUUAGUUGAGGUUGAGAUAUACUCGGGGAGGCCUCACCAAAUACGUAUUCACUUGUCCUAUAUAGGGCAUCCACUUGUAGGAGAUCCACUUUAUGUUGCUGGUGGUAGACCUUCGAUUAGUCUAUCUGAAAAGUGCUCUGAAAGAUAUGAUGUUGAGAAUUUUGCAGAGGAUGGUGGAUAUGAAAAGCCUCUGAAUGCUCUGCCUGGUGAUUGUGGCUACCACUUACAUGCUAGCCGGCUUUUGUUUCACCAUCCCGCAAGCGAUGAGGAUAUACAAAUAUUUGCUCCAAGUCCACCUAUGUUGCGAACAUCUGAAGAGAAUGCAAGCAUUGACAACAAAUUCUGAUCCAGACUUCCAGUUCCAUUCUAAUAUGUAACCAUUAUACUUAAAUAUUCAAGGCUCGAGAUCAAGCAUUUCAAAACAAUAAUCCUGUCAAAUGGAAUGUGUUCCUGCUCUUGACAACCAGAGUUUUCAUGAUUCAAAAUGCCCUCAAGUUUAUAUUUGCAACAAAUAUUUUCCUUAGUCUGAAAAUGUUCUUCAUUAGAGGUAAAAAAUCAAAAUUAUUAACACAAAUACUAUAAGAUGCAAUCCCUUUCUAAAGUUUUGUGAUUUGUAUCAUGAAUAGCAAGCUCUUUGCAUAACUAGGUUUGGGAAAGUAACCAGUAACACACAGGAAAAGUGCCCAUGUAAUAAUAUAUAGGAGAUUCAAAUCUGUUCAUGUAAAUUGAGUCUUUAUCAGUCCUCAGUGUUAAACACUCAAAUAGUCCAAAAGAGGGAAUUGAACUGAACCUCUAAGGUGAUUCUCAGUGCACUCUUAUUGAAGGAUAGUCAAAACAAAGUUAAUGUCAUGUGUAUGAUAAUAUUAAAUCAAGGAAACAUAGGAUUUUUCACACUAUCAUUUUCCUAGUGGUUUAAACAUUAUGGCAAUAACAAUAUAACACAAUAUUGAUAGAUGUCAGCUACUAUGGGAACAAAUCAUGUUGAAAAUUUACAUUUUCUAAGGUCAUUGGUCAUGCAUCCUAAUAAUGUAUAAACAUUUAUCCUUGUAUUAGAACCAGAUUAUCCUUUGUUAA